ACCUGGCACGCCGCAUACAAUCCAAACGCUGCGUAGAUCGUGGUCAGCGGCAUAGUUAUAGAGGAAAGAGGCUUGCGGGCUGCUCUCCCCGACACGAUGACCACUCACGUAUACGCGCUCGCGAGGCGCAACGGCGAAGAUGAGUCCCUCUUUCGGUCGGCCUCCAUGUCCCUGAUUCAACUGUAUAUCCCAGCCGAAGUUGCGCACUCGACGGUGACCGAGCUGGGCGAGCUUGGAAACGUGCAGUUCAAAGAUCUCAAUCCCCACGCUACUGCUUUCCAACGGUCCUUCGUGGGUGACAUUCGGCGCCUCGAUGAAAUGGGCAGGCGAUGCCGGUUCCUGCAUGCCCAGAUGGAAAAGGAGAACGUGCCUAUCCGCCCCUUAGAGUCGGCCUUGCCUUUCAUCAACUUUGCGUCAGUUAAUGGCGCCGGAGGUGGCCGCGGCGGCCCCCAAAUGCUCGAUGAGCUCAGUGUCAAGCUUCGUGAGCAUGAAGAGAGGCUCGGGCAGAUGAAUGGAUCGUACGAUACGCUGCAAAAGCGCUUGCUCGAGCUGGAAGAGGCCAGACACGUGCUCAGGGAAACUGCCGUCUUCUUCGAGCAGGCAGAGGGCAGGCACGAGCUCGGUAGGAGCAGCACAGACGAUGCCAAUGCGCCACUUCUCGAUGAUGUUGAGAGUGGCUACGCGGCUGGCCGAGGUCAAGGCGAGGACAGCGGCUACGCUGGCUUUGACUUGGAAUUCGUCGCUGGUACCAUCGAUCGAGCGCGCAUGGCCACCUUUGAGCGCAUUCUGUGGCGGGUUUUGCGUGGCAACCUUUACAUGAACUAUGCAGAAAUCGCUGAGCCGUUCGACGAUCCCACCAAGGAGGAACCGGUGCGCAAGAAUGUCUUCAUCAUCUUUGCCCACGGCGCCGAGCUGCUCGCCAAGAUCCGCAAGAUCAGCGAAAGUAUGGGCGGCACGCUGUACCCCAUCGACUCGAAUGCCGACAGGCGCGAAGAGGCGCUCAGGGAGGUCGGCUCGCGGAUCGAGGAUCUGAACAACGUUCUCUAUUCCACCAGUGCCACCAGGAGGAUGGAACUGGUCAGGAUCGCCGAGACACUUAGCGCGUGGAGCGAUAUCGUCAGACGCGAAAAGCUCGUCUACUCGACCUUGAAUCUGUUCAUGAACGACGCAAGUCGAAAGACAUUGAUCGCAGAGGGUUGGUGUCCGACGGCCGCCGUCGGCUCGAUCCAGCUUGCGCUGCGCAGGGCAACAGAGAACGCCGGUACUUCUGUGCCUCCCGUUCUUCAGGAGCUCCGUACCAACGCCAAGCCCCCCACGUAUCAUCUCACCAACAAGUUCACCGAGGGGUUCCAGGCCAUCAUCUCCGCUUACGGAGACGCUUCGUACCAGGAGGUCAACCCGGGGCUCUUCACCGUCAUUACUUUCCCAUUCCUCUUUGCGGUCAUGUUUGGUGAUAUCGGACAUGGGUUUCUGAUGUUCGCGGCUGCUGCCGUCAUGUGCAUCUGGGAGAAGAAGCUGGCUAAAGCUGGUCUCGACGAGAUCUUCGACAUGUUCUUCUUUGGUCGCUACAUUAUCCUUCUCAUGGGCGCUUUCUCCAUCUUCACCGGCUUCCUUUAUAAUGACAUCUUCUCCAAGUCACUUCAUCUCUUCCACUCGGGCUGGGAUUGGCCACACCAGGACGGUCUGGUUGAGGCGAAGAAGCUGGAUCGCGUCUACCCCAUCGGCCUCGAUCCGUCGUGGCAUGGCACGGACAACAACCUAGUCUUUACCAACUCGUUGAAGAUGAAAAUGUCCAUCCUCCUCGGUGUCGCGCACAUGACAUUCGCCGUCUGCCUUCAGAUCCCGAACCAUCUGCACUUCAAGAGACCAAAGUUUAUUUGGGCAGAAGUCGUGCCUCAGCUGCUCUUCAUGUGGUCCCUGUUCGGCUACCUCAGCUGGGCCAUCAUCUACAAGUGGUCUGUGGAUUGGUUCGCAACAGAUGUCAGCGGCACGCGCCUGCACCAUAACCCGCCGGGCCUGCUCAACAUGCUCAUCUACAUGUUCCUCAGCCCCGGCAAUGUCGAGAAGGAGAACGAGCUCUACUCGGGCCAGGCAUUCGUCCAGAGUCUGCUCCUCCUCGUUGCCGUCGUGUGCGUGCCGUGGAUGUUGUGCAUGAAGCCGUACCUCGAGUACAAAGAGCACCAGAAGAUCAAAGGAGCAGGCUACCACGCAGUCGGCGCCGACGAUCUCGACCACGACGGUGACGCGGCCGAUGGUGCCGGUGAGAGCUCUGCACAGCAAGGCAACGGCACCGAUGCCGGUGGCCACGGCCACGGUGAGGAAUUUGAAUUGGGCGAAGUCAUCAUUCACCAGAUCAUCCACGUCAUCGAGUACUGCCUGGGGUGCAUCUCCAACACCGCCUCGUAUCUCCGUCUCUGGGCGCUGUCGCUGGCGCAUGCGCAGCUCUCCGAGGUGCUGUGGAACAUGACAAUGAAGAUCGCUCUGCCCAUGGAAGGCGUCACAGGCACUAUCAUGAUCUUCAUCAUGUUUGCCCUCUGGUUCAAUUUAACCAUUGCGAUCUUGUGCCUCAUGGAGGGCCUAUCCGCAUUCUUGCACGCGCUCCGUCUCCACUGGGUCGAAGCUGGAAACAAGCACUACAUGGCCGAGGGGUACGCUUUUGCGCCUUUCUCGCUCGCGCCCGAGGCCACGACGCAGUAGGCUGUGCAUCGUUCCUGGUCCAGCGUCCAAUCUACGUAGAUCGGCUUCCUUUGGCCGUCUCUUGUAGUAACGGACCGGAUUCGGUACAUGCAACACGAUCGUUAUCUCCUCCUCUCCUCGCGCAGAUAUUUGGCUGCUGAACGAUGUCUCCACGUUCAGGAAGCAUGCCGCCGUUCGCACGCAUCAAGGGAUGCAAGGCACUGCUGUGUGUGAUCAGAGAAAGAGAUGUGUA